UUUUCAGUCCCUACAGGUUCUCUAACUAUUAGCAGGAGACUGACAGCUCAAAGCCCUAACCCUAAUCGUUAUCCUUAUCAUUGACCUAUUCGUUAUAUAAUUUCUGGGUUCUAUUGCAAACCUUCUUCUUCUUCUUCUUCAUGGCGCUUCAUGGAUCUAGUUUCUGCUUAAAUUGUUGGAAAUCUCAAAUUCGGAUUGGGUUUUUGAAAGUUAUGAAAGAAACGAAUGGAAGAUGCUUGAAUUUGUUAAUUAUUUCCUGGAAAUGGUUCUUUUAGGGAAUUUUACAGCUUGCCGAGUUCCUGCAAUUGUAGUUUUGGGAUGCUUCAUCAUCUCCCUUCACCUUCUUUAAAGCAAUACAAUUUAGUUGUAGCAAAGACGUUUGGAAGGGGGAAUAAAAAUCAGUUUUUGCCUGGGGAUCGUCGUAUCAAAUUGCGGACUGAAAGACCCAUAUCCUCUAUUCAGGCCUCUGGUUUGCGGUUAUUAAGACCAUGUAAUGUGAAAGGCGAUGACUCAAAGGAUAGCGCAAGUGGCGAAAGCAUCAUAUUGGAUGUGCAAACCUUGGAGCGUGAUCUAGACAUUGCCAUUGCUGAGGAGAACUAUCCUAAAGCAGCACAAAUUAGGGAUAGCCUCAAACUUCUGCGCCAAGAUAGUACAACUUCUGUUUUAGCAGCAAAUGCUCAAUUUUACGAGUCAUUCAGGAUUGGGGAUUUAGCUGCCAUGCAAGCCCUUUGGGCCAACCGGAAAGAAGUCUGUUGUGUGCACCCCGGUGCACGUGGGAUAUAUGGUUAUGAAGAUGUUAUGACUAGCUGGGACUACGUAUGGGCGAACUAUGAAUUUCCGCUAGAGAUUGAGCUGAAAGAUGUCAAUGUUCGUGUUAUAGGGGAUGUAGGGUAUGUCUCUUGUGUGGAAUUGGUUAAGACAAAGGGUAGCAGUUGGGGGGGACAGUUUGCAACAAAUGUGUUUGAGAGAAUUGAUGGUAAAUGGUUUAUCUGCAUUCACCAUGCUUCAGUUCUUGACUUGUGAAACCUACAAACUAUAUUGUAUUUUGGAAUUUGGCUAAUUGCCCCUUUGUCGUC